AGCCCCGCACGCCGACUGCACCGCGCUAGGCGGCCGUACUCGCGGGGUGUCCGCGAGAGAGGAGAGCCCUCGGGAGAAGCACCGCCGACAUCGGCCCCGGCGGAGCGCAGCGCGCUGCCAUCGGGGAGGCCCUGGCAGCCGCGGAUCCCUCCGUCCCGGGGCGGCGUGGCCGCGCCCCCCCGCGCGCCGAUCGGGGCUCCCCGGGGCCUUCGCGAAUGGACGCGGGCUGAGAUCCCCCGCUGCGGAGCGCUUCGCCCCCGGGCGGGCCGUGAGCUCGGAACGCGGGCGGCGCCGCUCCGACCGGCGUGACAUCGGUUCCUGCCCUUGCAGGGGAGCGAGGCCCGGCGGGAUCAGACGGCCGCCGCCCGAGGCGCGGGGAGCGGAGCGAGGCUCUGCCGGCCGCACCUGCUGCGCGUCCAUGGCACGCAGGUGAGCCCUCUGCUGAGGGAACGAACACACUGUGCUCCCAGGUCAGGGAAACAUGUCCCGUCGGAAACAGACCACUCCUAACAAAGUUCACUCCUGCUGUGUAUCUGGAGGGCCCAGAAUUGCCAUGCAGUGCACUGGUGAAUGACGAGGAAAAUCGGAGAGAGCAUCAUCUCCAAGAUCUGGGUGAGCCAGCAGAAUGAGGAAUCAGGCUGAGACAUAGCAGGCACGUUACUGAAACUUCUUGGGACUGAAAUUGUUGGGAGGAGAGGAAUAAAAGGGACAGCAGUAACCGCUACAGCAGUGUGGACAACCCAGAAUAGCGAUGGGGCAGGUGGAUUAGAUCCACAGUGGUGGACAGACUUGCAAAUUUCAGGUCCAGGAAAGGAACACAGAGAAGACCUACAUGAACAGGGAUGUUAAAUUGAUGUACAAGGAGGGAGUGAAGUGGCUCAUCUCUGAGAGACUUUUCUGUUUAGGAAGGAAGACAGGGGAAUUAUGCAGUUUAUUCUGAUUUUUGUUUUGUGGAUUUUGGAGUGAGGUUGUUUGUUUAUGUGUUUAUUUUCCAGAACACCUGAGAGUUAUCCUGCAUUCAUACAGUUCAAGAAGGGAAGGGCUAAGGAAAAUAAUCAUUUCUGGCUGCCAAGCUGAUACACCAUCAGAUCGUAGCACUCAUAACUGCCCCUGUUGCACAGUACCACAGGGCUGGCCCCUACCUCCACAGCUGCUCUCCUGGCAUCCCACUCAUUUGCAAGAUUAUGGAGAGGAGAACUGGAAAGCAAAACAGAGGCAGUUGUUUGACUCUCGCUGUUCUACAUCUCUAGCUGCUUGUGAAACAAAUACAGUGACUUGUUUUGGGGUUGUGGUCAGCCUACAGCCCUUUCUGUAUUUAAUAAAGAAACUUCUGGAGAAGAGUCUGCGAAGUCAAUAUCGAGCAUAAUGUCCUUUCUGACAGUGGUGAUCCUAAAGCUGUUGCCUGUCUUACUCCCUUUCCACAGAAAUGCAAAUGUAUUCAAAAUGGGGUGGAGGUGGGGGUGUGUUUGUACGUGAGCAUGUGUGUAGACAAUAAAAACAUAACCCUGUACCUAUCAAACAUUAAAAUUCCAAAGCUUUACUGAUGUAGGACCUAGUCUGUCAGUAGCUGAACUGAGCACUCUUUUCCAAGUUCUUCCAGAAACGCUAUUAGUAGAAUAAGAAAUUUGGUAUAAGCAAAAUACAGAGCUUUUGAAAGUUUUUUCCACUCCCGUGAUUCCUUUUGGAUACAAGCUAGUGGUUUGGUUAACGGUUUGCAUUUCUGGCUGUAAGCUGAUGGAUGGUUCUCCACAUUGCUCUAAAUCAGUGCUCAUGUGGUUGUGUGUAUGUUAUAAUGAAAGGCCUCUGGCAGACGUGAUUGCUCUGCUGGUUGUUGUGAUUGGUGUUAGAAGUAGAAUCACUCAAUCUCAGAAUGAUUUGGGUUGGAAAGGACCUCAGUGAUGAUCAAGUUCCAACCCCUGCUGCAGGCUGGGCUGCCAGCUGCUAGAUAAGCGCGAGGUCAGGUUGCCCAGGGCCCCAUCCAGCCUGGCCUUGAGCUCCUCCAGGGACGGGGCAUCCACAGCCCCUCUGGACAACUUUGGAAGCCUCUGAAGGGCUUUACAGUCUUCCAAAAAUUAAAGCAAUGUUGGGAAUUUUGAGCUGAGCACAAGAAAGGCAGUAUGUGUGUAAAUACGGGGCAAAGCUGGCUGAAGCAGUUCAGCAUGUGAGAUGCACCUGUCCCUGUAGCAGGACUGGUGCUGUCUCCAUGGGUUAUGAGUGCAGUUCCCUGUAUUGAUGCCAGUUGUGGCCCUAUCCUAGAAGGGGCAAUGCUUUGAAAGCUGCACUCUGACCUUCUUUGCACUGCAUCUUAAAUUGCAUUUCUGCAUUUACGCUUUGAGUAGUUCCUGUGAACUUAGAAAUGCUGAUCCAAAAGCUAUAGCUGUUUGGGAACUAGCACCUUGCCCCAAGUGCUCGUAACUCAUCCACUGCUAAAAGCAAGUCUUCGCUACCUGUAGAACAAAGUCGUUUGUUUGUUUUAAUGUGAAAAUUGGUGGUUGACUUCUGUAGUUAUUCCCUGGAACUGGAAGCCUUGCAGAGACUGUUGUAGGAAGUUUUCUUUCAGAGGCACUCAGAUAAUUGCCUUCUAAUAGGUUUUUUGUUGUCUGUUCUAUUGUUGAGUCGAGAUACAAAUAGUUACAAAGAGAAAAACAGACUGUAUGUAGAAUUUAGUUUAACCUAAUGUGGGAAUCGUGCAAGCACUAACGUCUGUGCCUUUCCAGACCCUAAUGUGAUUGGUUGACCCUGAUGCAAUUAGUAUGAAUAUCCUGUCGCAGUACUGUUGUGCUGCUUGUAAUAGCUUCUGAAUGAUUUACAAGAGCCAUGUAGCAACACGUCCAAUUUGGGAUACAGUCAUCACCCCUGCGUGGCUUUUCCUCACCUACAGCUGUGCUGUCACUGUUGGCAGAUUGGUCCUCUGGUAAAAGUGGAAGCCAUGUGAGCACACGUGGCAGAUGUGGAGCCUUGCAGGUUUUUUACAUGCGACUGGAGUGGUGUAUAAAGGGUGUGCAGAGAGCAGCCUGACACCAUACACAACCGCUAGCGAGACGUGGGGACUAGACUUGUGUUAGCAGAUACAGGAGGCUGGAGUUACAGGGCAGGGAAGCACAGAGGUUAUUUAAAUGCUUUCAGAGAGGUGACUUCAGAGGGUCUGCACAUUGCAGGUGAGCAACCCCACACUUGUUGCAUUUCUGGCAAGCUUUUGUGAAAUAAUGGAACAGCACCAAUCUGACUUUUUGUCCUUGUGGCUGCCAGGGGAGCAAGUCUUUGCAGGGCUGGAGGAGCAAGCCCGCCAAGCCAUGAUGAAAAACAGCUUUCCUGGAGCUCUUGGGGACCAAAGGCCAGCUAUUCAUCCACUGCAAGACCGUGAUUUCAGCAGCAGUGGCAGUGAUGAUGAGGAAACCACCCAUGAUGAAGUUUCUUCCCAUACUUCAGAGGAGGAUGGCUCAAUGCUAAAGGUGAAGAAAGAACUGGAGAAUGGAGACCAACCUGCAGCUGGAACCCUGCUGAUGAGAGAAAAUGAGGUUCCUGAGAGCUUGAAUGCUGACUCCAUUCUGGGACUGUCAAAGUGUCCCCUCUGCCAGCUGGAGUAUGAAAGCAGAGAGCAGCUCAUUGCUCAUGUAUACCAGCACACCGCAGCUGUGGUGAGUGCCAAGAGCUACAUGUGUCCUGUAUGUGGAAGAGCCCUCAGCUCACCAGGUUCCCUUGGGCGACACCUCCUGAUCCACUCAGAGGACCAGCUGUCAAACUGUGCAGUGUGUGGAGCACGCUUCACCAGCCACGCCACAUUCAACAGCGAGAAGCUGACAGAGGUGCUCAGUGCAGAUCGCCUGCCUGUGCCACAGAGCGAGGGCCCCUCCAGUGUCAGAGGGAAGGACAUUACCUUUCACAGCCCUGUGUAUCCUGCAGGCAUCCUCCUAGUGUGCAACAACUGUGCUGCUUAUCGUAAGCUGCUGGAGGCACAGACACCUGGCAUGCGAAAGUGGGCGCUUCGUCGGCAGAACGAGCCCUUGGAAGUGCGUCUGCAGCGCCUGGAGCGGGAGCGCACCGCCAAGAAGAGCCGGCGGGACAACGAGACCCCUGAGGAGCGGGAAGUGAGACGUAUGCGGGAUCGAGAGGCAAAGCGCCUGCAGCGCAUGCAGGAGACGGAUGAACAGCGGGCGCGGCGGCUGCAGCGAGACCGAGAAGCCAUGCGACUGAAACGUGCCAACGAAACUCCAGAGAAGCGACAGGCCCGGCUCAUCCGGGAGCGUGAGGCCAAGAGGUUGAAGCGGCGCCUGGAGAAAAUGGACAUGAUGCUGCGGGCGCAGUUUGGCCAGGACCCCUCUGCAAUGGCAGCUUUGGCAGCUGAAAUGAACUUUUUCCAGCUGCCAGUGGGCAAUGUGGAGCUGGAGAGCCAACUGCUGGGCAAAAUGACUUUUGAGGAGCAGAGCAACACUACUCUGCAUUGAGCUGCAGGCAGAGACUGCCAUCUCUGCUGUGUCUGUCACAAGCAAACCAACAGGCUUCUGUGUUGAGGGGGCUGCUGUAGCUCCCCAGAUGUCACUCCUGCAUGGGUAGUUCUGGCUUCCUUCUGAAACAGGAGGAGAAUGGAGCUGAUUGAUGUCUGUCUGGGGCUACGGUCUGAGGGUCAGCCACCGCAUUCGGACAGUGGGAAAAUAAAUUAAUGUUUCAUGUUUAUUUAGCCCCCUUCUUUACCUCCUGUGCUUUGUAUUAUUCUUGGACCCUUGCACCAUUAAAUGGGUUGAGACUGUUGCAGUUCUGCUGUAGGUAAGAAGUCUGCCUCAGACUUGCUUACUGCAGCAUAAGUUACGGAGAUAAGGACUUAGAUGGUCCACCAUUCCUCCAGGAAUAAAUACUAUUCUGUGUCCAUAAAAAGCAAGGGGAAAAAAAAAAGUAAUCUCCCUGGAAAUAGCUGCACACACCCUUUUUUUUGUUAUGUGCUUCCUUGUAGUAUGGAAAAGCUAACAGGAAACUGAGUUCCCAUUCUAAGAAACCUCAGUAAUGGAAGGGCUGACAAAGUGAGCGGGGAACAGUUUAGUAGUUUACAAACAAGGCAAUUUUCAUUCAAACAGCAUUUCAGAUGUGCAAGCGAGAGAUAUGGACAUACUGGAGCAAGUCCAGCGAAGGGCCAGAAAGGUGGUUAAGAGAGUGGAACAUCUCUCCUGUGAUGAAAGGCUGAGCGAGCUGGGACUGUUUAACCUAAAGAAGGUUUGGGAAUUCGAUGAAUAUGAAUACCUGAAAGGAGGAUGCAGUGAGGUCAGAGCAGGCUCUUGUCAGUGCUGCCCAGUGACAGUGAAAAGAGGCAGUGGGCACAAGCUGAAGCACAAGAAGCUCUGCCUCAACAUCAGAAAGCACUUCUGUACUUUAGGUGCCAGAACGCUGGCAGAGAUUGCCCAGAGAGGCUGUGGACACUCCAUCCAUGGAGGUGUUCAAAAGCCGCCUGGCUAGGCUGCUCUGGGUGUCCCUGCUGGAGCAGAGGUUGGACCAGAUGGACCCAGAGGUCCCUUCCCACCUCAGCCAUUCUGGGACUUCAAAAUUAAAUGAGCUUAUUCUGUUUUAAUACAGCCAAAUGUAAUGCUGCUCAUCUGGGAUCAUGGGUCACACAUGGAGCAAUUCAUUCCUGUUGAAAAUUCUUGUGUGACCAACAAUGACUUUCAGCCAUCACCGCAAGUAACACAUGGGAACAGUUGGGGAAAAUGUUAGUAAACAGAAAGCUGCUUUUGCUUUUACGCUGUAACAGAACCCAUGAGAGUAAUGCAGAGAAGUCCUGAACUGGGGAGGAGCUGGGAAAAUCUGCUGGAGAGCAGUGAAUUUAAGCCCAGAAGCAGCCAGUGCAGAGCAUAAUAGUGGUUUGUACCUAUAUGGAAAUGUUCCCCUUUCUACUACAACUAUAAAACUAUGCAGCUAUGGAAAUUAAACUUAAGUAUGUUUAAACUGUAAAAGGCAAAACAGUAGCGCAGAACCGGAAGUGAAGGAGCAGAGAGGUCAUACAUUCUCCAUUUAAGAGAAUGGUGGUUUAAGAGUGAGCAUCUAAAAUUUUAUGCUGUAGCUUUUCAAACUUCAGCCCGCCACUGGUGUGAUACACAGCUGCAUGUGGUGCCCUGGAGACGACAUUUCCAGCCACAGCCUGCAGUACAUCUGUGUAGUGCGGAGUUGCUGUCUCUGCAUUAAGUCAGAAAUGGCCACAAGAAUCUCACCUGGGAUCCAAGGUAAAACAAGGAACAAAAACUUUCAGGCAGACUAGUCAGAAACAACUUGGUUUUUCAAAAACUUUUGAUGGAACGCUUUGAAGGCCACACUUAAGUGCUUACAGUAACUGCAUUUGGAGUACACAGUGCUCCUUUUCUCUUGACACAAAACUAACCUUAUAGGCAGUCCUGUGGGCGAUUGCUACAAAAAGCUAUUAAUUUUACUGAAGCUUACAUUUUUAUCUGUGUGCAGAAGUUGUUUUGACUUCUCAUUCUCCACAAAGAAAUGACUUCUGGAGGCCAGUCUGGCCUCACUCUCUUUGGAAAAAGCCACCAGAUCUGGCAAGAAUCUGUUUGGCUCCAUCUUACCCUCUUCCUAUCCUCUUGUUUUUCGAGCUGAUCUCUCACCUUUAUUCUUGCCUCCAUUUUUAUACCAAGCUGACCAUCUGCUCUUUGCAGCAGUUGCUAUUGCUCUGUGAUGUGUGUUCUGCUUGGCCAGCAGAAGUGUUGUUUUGCCGUGCAAAC